AUGAUGGAUACAACAAUAACAUCAAAUAAUAACAAUAAUAUUGUGGAUGAUCAUCAUAAUACUUCAUCAACAAAAUGUUCAAAAACAACCUUCUACCGUAUAUUUGCUACUCUAUUUUCUGUUACAUUAUUACUAGGAAUAUUAUCAUCAAUAUUAUUGUAUAAUGCCUUUUCAUCAGAUGUACCAAUAUUAAUUAAUUCAAAAUUAUCAUUCAUAGAGAAAACACUCGGAUAUUAUUAUUCUAAAAAUUCUAUAGAGAGUUCUAUAGGAAAAGAAUUAUUAGGUGAUGAUAAUCAAUCAAUAUUUCAAAAGGAUGGGGAAUGGAUUGGUGAUUUUACAGGAUCUAAUCUUACAUAUGGUCACUUCUUUCAACAUUUAUAUUUGAGAAAUCCUUCAAAGAGGCAUGAUGGAAAUUCAUGGAAUUUUGGACAUUGUCCCGUUAGGUCGGAAGGUAUUGAUCAAUCUAGUUCACUGAUUCAAACAUCAAGCUUUUCUUCUCUUAAUGUCAUUGAUGGAUCUACAAUUGUUAUUGAUUAUAUGCUUUAUCCUAGUGGCCAUCUAGGUGACCAUCACAGUGUUUAUCACAAGGAAUGGAGAUUUGGCAAAUUGAGAUUUCACAAUAUUACUUCCUUGUCAAGUAUGAAAGCCACAUCAAAGUACAAAUCAACUGCUCUUUCCCAAGUUCAAGAUAAUGGGUUUGGUGAAACAAUUUUGGAUUAUAUUUUCAUUGGUUCGUUUGAUUUCUUUGUCUCAAAUUCAAGCGAGAAGGAGGGAAAUCCAACUGUGGAAUAUUACAAACUUUUCUCACUGGAACAAAUUUGUUUCUAUUUCAAUCAAUUCCAAUGGAAUAACAAUUUUGUAAUUAAGGAUUUUCCAAUCUCCACUGCUGAUCUUGUUUUAAGUAUGCAACUUAAUCCUAACAAGACUUGUUCAGACAUUUUGAGAAGAAAGGCAUUUUGUAAUGAAACUUCACAGGUGUUUGUUUUUGAGUCACCUGGUACUUGGACUGGAUUUUUGCUCUUGUUAGUAGUUUUGGGAGGUAUUACAAUGGUUUUCAGUGUGAUUGGAGGUUCUGCCCUCUUACUCCUUGCUGUCUUUUGGUUGUGUUAUAGAGGAAUGAGAAAAAUGGAUGGAAGCAAGGUAGAUGAGAGUAAAUCAGAGAGAACAGAAGAUACAUCUGGCGAUGACUUUGUUGCCAGACGUAGACUUUUGCACGGAGAUUUGGACAUUGAUGAUGAGGACCAAAAUCAUGCCAUUUCACCCUCAAUGGACAUUGAUCCACAUGAAGCUUCUGAAGCUCCUGUAAGACGUAACUCUAGGAUAACAAUGGUCAAUCCUUCCCCUGUCGUGACAACUGCCGAAGCAGCUCACUUGUUGGGCAUUACUGGUAGAAAACAUUUUAGAUUUUUCCAAUAA